AUGGCGCGACAGAACAAGACUGCUACGAACACUGGCAACUUUAGGGAUUCUGGUGAAAGCUCCGUAUCAGCCAGGGGUCAUGGAGACACAGAGAACCCUCGUCCAUGGAGCGAACUAAAAACUAAGGCGGGGAAGGAGCGCAAAAGACUCCCACUUGCUUGCAUCGCCUGUCGAAGAAAGAAAAUUCGCUGUUCAGGAGAGAAACCUGCCUGUAGACACUGUUACCGUUCUAGAACCCCUUGCGUAUAUAAAGUCACGACGCGAAAAGCCGCACCCCGCACGGAUUACAUGGCGAUGCUGGAUAGACGGUUGAAGAAGAUGGAGGAAAGAGUGAUCAAGAUCAUACCCAAAAAUGGCACCCGAGAUAUGGCCGCAAUUGGAAGAUCGGUCGUCAAGCCUCCUGCUCCAGGCCAGAUCUCUCGUGGAUCAAGGCCAGCCCACAGAAAGAGACCUGCAGAUGAGGCUUUCCGUGCUGAGCUUAAUCAGUGGAGACAACCCAACAAAGGUAACCCUACUUCAUGGCAGCCCCGAAUUGAAGAUGACAAUAAGCUUUUGAACGAGGGCGCGGAGUUUCUUCCCUCAACUGAGCUCCAAGAACAUCUCGCGGAAGUCUUCUUCGAUUGUGUGUACGGACAGUCUUAUCUCCUGCUACAUAAACCGAGUUUUAUGCGCAAAUUGAAAUCUGGAACUGUUCCGCCUGUUCUGAUGCUGGCCAUCUGCGCCGUUUCUGCUCGCUUCUCAACACACCCGCUCGUCAGUACGGAGCCGGCAUUUUUACGGGGAGAAAACUGGGCAAAUCCAGCCGCAGCUAUUGCGCUCAGCAGACAUGACGAGCCGAGCAUUACGAUGCUCACUGUAUUUAUCAUCUUGGGGCUCCAUGAAUUUGGCGCCUGUCAUGGAGGACGGAGUUGGUCGUUUGGAGGUCAAGCCUUUAGAAUGGCUUACGCUCUUCAGCUCCAUCGAGAACUUGACGAUGAUCCUCGGGGCAAUAGUGCGUCCGAAUUUAGUUUUACAGAUCGUGAGAUCCGACGGCGGACGAUGUGGGCGUGUGUACUGAUGGAUCGGUAUAAUUCCUCUGGCAGCCAGAGGCCACCUAUUAGCAACGAGAAGUUCCUACGCCUACAGCUCCCUAUCAAAGAGUCAUAUUUCCAAAUGGAAAUUCCAGGGCCCACAGAGGAUCUGGAAGGAACAGGGAUCCUCAUCCUCUCUGGUCUCCAAAGUCAGGCUACUCACAAUUGA